AUGUUGGGUGCUGCUAAAGAUGACAAGACAAGGAAAGAAGCUCUAAAAGAUCUUGCUGCUCUCUCUCUAAAUCAGGCAAAUGAAGCUGCCAACUUCUUGGGAUCUAAAGGAGCGCUCUCUAUCUUCAAAUCAACUCCUGAUUCCGCGGAAGAUUCAGACAUUUCAACUUACAACAAGUUAAACAUACUCAAGAAGCUAGAUGACAAAGACCUCACUGUCUGA